UAUAAAAAGGCGAAUAUGACGUGAAAUUGCAGCAUAUUCCGCAUUGUUAGUCCGACCUGUAUUCGUGCGUCGACCAAAUAUUACUAUUUUUGUGAGAAGUCCUACACCGGCAGAUACACCACAAUGAGAUUAGGAAUCGCCUUCAGAUUACUAAUUUCAACUUUAGGGAUUCUCCGAGAUUCCAAUACCAACACGGUGUAUGCAGCAGAUUGUGAAAAUGAGGAGCUAUUCGUCCCGUAUCCAGAUAGGAGUUCUGGGACUAAAUAUCGGGUAUGUUUCGAUAAAACUCAAAAUUUCGUGGACUUUGAUUGCCCACCAUUUCUUUAUUUUAAUGAAAGAACAAGAAGCUGUACGGUUUAUUUAGAUGGUCAUCCAAUAGGAGAGUGUACUUACCCCGGUGAAAAAUUUAAAGAUCCUGGAGAUAUUAAUUGCCAGCUUUUUUUUGUAUGUGAUAGCGCACUAGAGCUCGUCUUAAACUCUUGUGAUACCAAUGGAUACUUCAACCCGCUUUUUCAAAAAUGUGUUCCUAAAACUGAAUACGACUGCGAGAAUGAUAUACCCGAUUGUUUUCAACCAGAAUUCCAAAAUAGAAAGUGGCUUGACAAAGAACAUUGUGAAUACUACUAUGAAUGCGUGGGAGACAUAAUUGUGUCCCGAAAAUGUCCCAGCGGGAUGUUCUUAGACCCACACUCUCAAUCUUGCAUGCACAACACCAAUGGGAAUUGCCAAGUUCCUGAAACCAAGCCGAAUUUACUAGUGAAUAUUGAAACUAUGUGCAGAGGAAAAGUUGGAAAGUAUCUCCCGGAUCCCUACAAUUGUAAAGCUUCUUACUAUUGUUAUGACGAAUCAACCCCCUACUGGAUUCCUUGUGAAGGCGGCAGAUAUUUUGCGGAUGGAGUGUGUACUCUAGUAAAGCCUAGUACCUGCAUUUGCGAAGAUGAAAACUGGGCAACUAAUGGGAAAACUUCAGUGGCAGUUCCACAUCCUGAUAAGGCAAAAUUUUACGUGUGUCAAAAAGGAAGGCUACCUGAGGAGAAAUCGUGCCCAAAGGGCACAACCUUCGAUGCAAUAAUGAAAAUCUGUGUGUUUUAAAAAAUAAAUUUGAAACUUUUUAUCAUUA